CGACAAUCGAGCAAGCUGCGAGAGCGUUCGGCUGAUUAGGGUUUGCCGCUCUCCACUGGUAGUUCUCCCUUCUACACAUUAAUCCGCUCGACCAUGCGCGUCUCGACCUUCGCGGCGCUGCUGCUGCCCAUGGGCGGCGUCGUUGCUCAGACAACGACAUCAACGUCGACGACGGCGACGACCAGCACUACAGCCACAGCCACGGCUACUGCCUCGUCAGGCACCUCGUCCGUCUCCAGUUACGUGCCAUGGACACUCGCUGACAACGCGACUGUCUUGGCCGACCUCAGGUCGCAGCUCACCAUGUGCAGCUACUCGAAAGUGGAGGAAUGCAUCCACGACCCAGCGCUCGUGCAUGAGCUCGGCGUCCUCGUGCGUGCCCCAGGUCACUGCGUAGCCUUUGACUCGUCCUACGUGAACGUCACGACCCCUAGUGCCGCUAUCCCCAACCGAUACUACCCGACGUCUGUCGAGGACGCGUACGACGCAGGUUUCUCCAACAAAUUCUCCGAGUGGUCGGACUCCAACCGCGAGCAGUUCGAAGUGGACUGCCCUCUACUCUACAACCAGACCAUCGCCCAGGGCGACGACAUGCUCUGCUGUACCGAGUCCCAGUACACAGGUCUGUCCACACAAGUCCGUAUGAUUCCCGGUCUGUGCUCGGCCUGUAAGGAGAAUCUACGAAACAUUUUCUGUCAGAUGACAUGCAGUCCCAACAACAGUCUCUUCCUGGACGUCAACGAGGUUCGUAUCAUGGGAGGAGAUGACGAACACGCAGACGCCGUGUUCCCUGCCGUGGAAGAACUCACGUACUACGUGGGCAACGACUGGAUCCGAGAUAUCUACGACUUUUGCGAGGACGACAGCUCCUUCUCUCUGCUGUGUAACCCGAACCAGGACUGCCACGACGGCUACGGCCUCAUGGAGUACAUGGGCAAAUACGCCUACAACAGUAUCGGAUCCCCACUCCAGAUCAACGUGACAACCAUGGACAAGAUGCCCGAACUCACACAGAUGACCGAGUUCUGUCACUGUGACAAUGUGAACGCGACCAACUGCAUUCUGCCAAUGAACAACAAAAUGACGUCCUGUGUCGGUGUCUGUGGCUCUCUGUGUGCCGUGAGCUCCGACGACGACCGCACGUACACUGAGUCGUGUUAUGGAGCUGUCAGUGCCGUUGCGACUUCAGCUUCAGGCAGCGGAAGCGCCGGCUCUGGUGAUGACUCGACGUGGGCUGAGCUGAACGCGUAUCUGGCUGCCAAUAUUCCAGUGACGGACUGGGAGCCACUAAACUACUUCCUUGUGAUCUUUGGUGCAGUUGGCGCUCUGCUAUUGAUCGUGGGCUUCAUUAUCGCUGGCUGUCGUGAGCGGCGAUCUCGCAUUCCCAACCCGCACACUGGUACGCCUCAGAUCGGACCGUACACGCCCGAGGCUCAUGGUGUUGCUCAUGCAAUGGAGACGAACACCAAGCGUCUGAGUUAUCUGGACGAACUCAUGACCAACAAGCUGCGUAAUUGGGCGGUGUUUGUCUCGACUGGCAACCGACCGAAGAAGAUCAUCCCUUGCGUGUUGUGCGUUGUCGCUGUCUGCUGUAUUGGCCUGUACAACAUUGAAAUCGAGACGGAUCCGAUCAAGUUGUGGGUAUCCACAUCAAGUACCUCGUACCAGGAACGCCAGCACUACGGUGAUCUCUUCAACCCGUUCUACCGCUCGGAGCAGCUCAUUAUGGUGCCCAAGGACGGAGGCAACAUCUACCGUUCCGCCAUCUUGAAGGAGGCUAUCCGCGUCCAGAACGUGGCUGCUAAUGUGGUUUACACUUCGGAUGAUGGCGAGACCAUCACCCUGGACGACAUUUGCUGGAAGGCUACGGGUACGGGCUGUACGAUCAACUCGAUCACUCAGUACUUCCAGAACAACAUGGAGCACUUUGAGUUCUACGAGAAAUAUGGCCUCGAACUGGAGCACUUUAGUAAUUGUCUGUACUCUCCAACGACGUCAGAUGUGGCGCUUUGCACUGAGUUGAAGAAUGCUCUGGAGGACGGCGACUCGCUUCCCUCGACUAUGAGUGAUUGUCCGUGUUUGUCCACGUUCGGAUCACCCAUGAACCUGUACAACACAUACCUUGGUGGAUUCCCUGACGGCGCUGAGAGCAACUACACGCUCUUCCUGGACUCGAUUGCUUUUGUUUCUUCGUAUCUGAACUACAACUACGCUGACGAUGACAAGAACGAGCCUGCGAUCAAGUGGGAGCGUGAGUACAUCAAGACGAUGAAGAAGGAGGCCGAGUCCAACUCGGUGUUUAACGUCUACUUCUACGCCGAGAUCUCCGUUCAAGACGAGGUGGAUGCUGAAUCUAGCAACGGUAUGGGUCCUGUGGCGCUGAGUUAUUGUCUGAUGAUCAUCUACAUUUCUCUGGGUAUCAACCGCAUCAAGUUCGGCCGUGAGUUCUUCAUCUCGUCCAAGAUUGUGGCUGGUUUCUGCGGUGUCAUGAGUAUCGUGUGUGGUGUGGCGUCGACCAUCGGCUUGUACAUGUGGUUCGGAGUCAAACUUCAGCUAAUUAUUAUGGAGGUCGUCCCUUUCCUGUCGUUGGCGAUCGGUGUCGACAACAUUUUCCUCCUCAUUCACGCUAUGACCGAGAAGGAGGACCAGAUGCGUCGUGAACAACCGAGUCUCUUUGUUGGUCUUGAGCACAACCCGAAGGCGAUUGAGGAAAUCACCACGACGAUCGUGUCGGAGAGUUUGGCGUACAUUGGUCCCAGUAUCUUCAUGGCAUCUGCGGCUGAAUCGGUGGCCUUUGCCUUCGGUUCCAUCUCUGCGAUGCCUGUGGUGCUGUGGUUCGCAGCUAUGGCCUGUUGCGCUGUGGCGAUCAACUUCUGCUUCCAGAUGACCUUGUUCCUCUCUGUUCUCACUCUGGACAAGCGUCGUGAACUGAGUGGCAAGUACGAUAUCAUCUUCAAGCGUGCCUCGUACGUGAGGUCUCAGGCACCUGCCGCUGGUCCACAAACUCAACAGACGGCAGAGCCUCUCGUGUCGUUUGAGCCCAAGACGCCUGCACCGGAAGAUGUUCGUCGUUCUGUAACCCCAGAGAACCGCACGCUGACCGAUGUUCUUGGCCACUGUGUGGACGUCUACGCGUCGUUCUUGACCUACAAACUUGUGAAGCUGGUUGUGCUGUUGGCUUUCCUUGGAUGGACUUUAUGGUCGAUCUAUUCGAUGGAGUCACUGGACCAAGGACUUCCGCAGAAGGAGGCGAUGCCGUCUGACUCGUACAUGAUUGAAUACUUUAAUGCGCUGGACGUGUACCUGGCAACCGGUGUGCCUGUGUACUUCAUUGUUGAAACGGGCUACGGACGGAACCCGGAGAAGUGGUCGUUGAACGAUGAGAGUGUGGAGACGAUCUUCUGCAAGUCGAAGGAUAUCUGCGGCACCUACUCGAUCCCCAAUAUCAUGAACGCACUGGCCAACCACGGCGACAAAACCGUCACUCACAUCAGUCCCGGUACGACGUACUCGUGGAUGGACGACUACUGGGGCUUCGUGAACCCUGACAGCGAGUGCUGCCGUGUGGAUUCCGAGGGUGCGUAUGUUCCGAUCGAGAGUGGCAACGACACGUACACAACUCUGCGUGCGGAAGCUGGCACGUGUUUGGCUACGUCGGUGACUGUGCCGCCUGUACCGGAGGCGCAGUACAUGUCGCUCUUCAGUAUGUUCGCGACGGCCAGUGCUGGUACAUCGUGCUCGUAUGGUGGUGGCUCCAUCUACCGUGGCCAGUUCAGCAUUGACGAUGAACCUAUUCCGACUGUCAAUGCUUCGACGCCUGCGGUGAAGAUCAACAGCAGUGGCUACGGUGACGAGAUCACAGCUUGGUCGUACAUGGUAACGGGUACGUCCAACCCGACGCAGCAGCGCUAUAUCGACUCGUACAAGCAGAACCUCGCCGCGGCCGAAUGGAUCAGCGAAAAGACUGGCGUCGACAUCUGGGUGUACUCGCUAACGUACGUGUACUUCGAGCAGUACUUGACUGUGAUUGAAGACGCCUACAGACUGAUCGGUCUUGCGCUGGCGGCUAUCUUCGUGAUCACAACGCUGUAUCUGGGCAGCGUCUUCUAUGCGCUGACGAUCGCAUUGAUGGCGACGAACCUCGUGGUGCUUGUGCUGGGUCUGAUGCAGCCACUGGACAUUAUGCUGAACGGUCUGUCGAUUGUGAACUUGAUUAUUGCGGCUGGUAUUGCAGUGGAGUUCUGCGGUCAUUACGUUCGAUUCUUCGCCAAGGCCCAAGGCACGGGUGACGAGCGUGCUCGCGAUGCUCUGCGUCAAGUGUUCACUUCGGUGAUUUUCGGUAUCACUAUCACCAAGGUCAUCGGUCUCAGUGUGCUAACUCUUGCCGACUCGCGUGUGUUCAAGAAGUACUACUUCCGCAUGUACAUGAUGGUGGUGCUCUGUGGUGUACUCAAUGGCAUGCUACUACUACCUGUGCUUCUCAGUACCAUCACCGACGUGAGGAACUUUUUCCUUCGCCGGGGCUCGCAGAAGACGGAGUUGCGUUCAGCACCUGUGACUCGCGUUGAUUAAGUUGGUGAUCCAAGCUGCUCCUGUGCCCACGCAGUUGAGCUGUGCCUAUGAGGGCAUCACCGUUCCAAGUCAAGUGGUGCGGUGCCAAGGAGAAAUAGAGUAGCCUGAGUGUGACUACUGCGUUGUACCAGUCGUUAAGUAAAUAAAUGGGGAAGCCAUAUGUUGCAUCAACAGCUAGUUGUCAGUCUUUGCUUCAUAAAGCACCAAGCACAAGGAAUGGAGUCUAUUGCAAUGGCCUGCUAGUAGUAGUAUUUACAAGAACGUCGCCAUUCAUCUAAGCUGGUCUUGUUCUCCUAUU